AUGGCAACGUGCAUUAGCGCGCAGAAGACGACACCCGAGGGCGACUGCGCCCAGGAGCGGCUGGCACAGUGUUCGUCCUCGUUGGCGAUCAUAACAGACCAGAGUGACCUCGGCUUCAUUGCCAACAAAGAUGAACUCGAGAAGGUUUGCCCAGACUUGGCCGGCGGGCUGCGCUGUAUCGAGAGGUACACGAGGCGCUGCAUGAGCGAGGAGCAGCGAAAGCAUUUCAACCGGCUGUACGCGGGCACCACCAUGGUCAUCCAGCAGCUCUGCCGCGACGGGCCCUACCGAGCAGAAUUCCUAAGACACGCACCCUGCAUGCGUAAAGCAAGGACUGACUACGAAGUUUGUGCCACUGUAUACCAAGAAAGAAUCCGAGAGUUGCAGACAUCAAUGAACGGUAGCUCUUUCGUUAUUGCAGGAGAAAAUCAGCUUAAACUCGUCUGCUGCUCUUUUCAGGACUACCUACAAUGUUCGCUGAAAAUCGUUCGUCAGAUAUGUGGGGAGGAAACUGCCAGAUUCACGAAGCAUUUCCUGGAUCGAAUGUCAUCGUCUUUGAUAAAGAUCCACUGUGAGCAGUAUCCUGUAGACUCCCUGGUGUGUCGCGGGCCAGCCGAUCCGGAGAGCGCCAGCAGCAGCAGCAGCAGGAGGCAGCCACACGCAGCCACGCACUCCUUCCUCUCCCUGGCCACGGCGCCAAAUGCUGCCGAAGGACCACCCACGUCACAACCUAAAGUGCUACCGGUGACCUACGCCGCUGCUCUAGCUUCUCCUACCGCUUUGCAACGUCGUCCGGGCGCCACCAACGACGCCACCAACGAGCCCGACCAGACACCGACGGAGAGCGCCUCGGAGGGCCCGCCGUCUCGGCCGGCCAUCGACACCGCUCCGACGAAGCCGACGCAACCGAACGCUGUCCCUGACCUCGACAACACGAUGGAGAUCGACUCGCUCAUCGUUCCUAGAGCGGCCUUCCUGCCAGAGCGACGCGACUCCCUUCCGUCUUCGGACUCGGAGGGCUGCAGAAGGAAACAACGUUCCCCGAAACGUCGCAAGCGAAGGCGUCGCACCGUUUCCGGCCAAGAGGAGACGUUGCAAGUCCUGGAUGACGCAACCGUCGACCAGCACGAGGCCCCAGAACCCGCUACUGCUGACGUAGACGUUAUGAGCGUGGCGACAUCCAUCGGUGUCCCUGCGCCCAUCCCCCCGACUCCCCAUGCGGACGCUGAACUAAUUCAUGAACAUAUCACAGGCGACACUACACCACGCACCAUUACAUAA